AUGGCAGAACCAUAUCCAAUGAAAGGAGAUGACGACGAUAACAGCUACUUCAAAAAUUCCUCUUUUCAGAAAGCCAUUGAUAAUGCUAAAAGUUUGAUUGAUGAGACCAUUGCUCCUAGUUUUAACCUAAAAGAUCUCCUUUUUGGUUCUUCAAGCUCAUUUAAUAUUGCGGAUUUGGGUUGUUUAGUUGGGCCAAAUACCUUUAUUUGUGCAGAAAAUAUUAUUGGAGCAGUAAAAUAUAAUUGUCAAUCUCAAGGUCUUGCUUCCCAAAUUCCUGAAUUUCAAGUGUUCUUCAAUGAUCAUGUCUUUAAGGAUUUCAAUACCCUGUUUAAAUCUCUCCCUCCAGAAAGGGGAUAUUUUGCUGCUGGUCUGCCAGGUUCAUUUCAUGUUCGUUUAUUCCCCAGAUCCUCUCUUCAUUUUAUUCAUACUUCCAGUGCAUUACACUGGAUAUCUCAGGUGCCAGGAGAGAUUCUAGAUAGGAAUUCUCCUGCUUGGAACAAAGGCAGAAUUUUCUAUACUAAUGCUCCAUAUGAAGAAUACAAACCAUAUGCCACCCGGUUGUUAUUUAAUUUUUAUUUAAACCAUGCACAGAGAUUAGUGAGCGAAGUGCAAUUAGACUCGUUCAAUCUGCCCAUGUAUAUUCCAUAUCCUGAGGAGAUACUAGAAGUUGUAGAAAGAAACAAGUGCUUCAGUGUUGAAAAAAUUGAGUUAUUUAAACCUGUAUAUGAUAUAGUCGAUGUUCGAACUAGCAUGCAAGCAUGGGCAAUGCACCUCAGAGCUGGCUUGACAGGAAUGCUUAAGAAGUAUUUUGGAAAUGAGACCAUAGAUGAAUUAUUUGAUCAGUUUUUUAAGAAGUCACAAGAAUUUUCUUGCAGAGUACAAGCUGGCUCAGCUGAAUUUCAUCAUGUAUUUCUUGCUUUAAAACGUAUAUGAAUCUCUCUGAUGUAGACUAAAUCAGCUUAUGCGAUUCAAGAGCUGGUUAAAGAAGCCAACUUCAAGA